AUGGUCUCUCUCAAUAGAAGAUAUACAUUCCAGGUUGGCGAUGCACUUGCCAACGAAAGAACUCUAACGUUAUCGUCCGGAUCAAACGAAGGCUAUUUGAUCUCAUUGAGGCCCUUCGUUCAUCCCAACGCAUCGGAAAAUGAAUUUCCUUUCGAAUGGGGGUUUGCUGGUCCACCAGCUAGCGCGAAAGUGGGGAAAAAGGAUUCUGAGACUGAUACCAUUGAUUUUAACUUCGAGUUCGAUACUAAUGUUCACUUGAAAUUGGAAAACACUCACAGAGGCGUCAUCAACACUUUCUGGAAGACGUGGGAAAGCGGUCUAAUUGAGGAAAGAGGACAAGUUUUCCCAUUUGGAGCUGAUAAAGCAGGGAUUGAGUUUUUUGAACUCUGGCAACCACUAGAUUCUACACGCCCUGAUUAUGUGGCAUUGGAUGAAAACAGUGCCAAUCAGGAAACAGCUCGCUCUGUUGUUCUGACUGUUGACUCUACUGACUUUAGAGGCCUGGUGAUUACCGUGGGAAGAUGGGUCCAGGGUAUUCUUUUCAAGAAAUCAGAAAACACCAUUAAAGGCAUAAACUUCUUGAGAGCUGUUGAGCAACAAGAUGGCUCAUGGAAGACACUACUAAAUUACGGCUCCGACUUCGAUAAGUUCCCUCAAUCCUUUGUCGCACCGCUGCACGCUGCAAUCGAGGGUAGUAGCGCACUCACUUGGAAAGUCGUUGAGUCCAAUAUUUAG